AUGCUUGCCUCGGCUUCUUAUGACCGGACCAUUCGAAUCUGGUCACUGAGGACUGGAAAAUGUGUCAAGUUCAUUGACUACCAAAUUAGCCAAAUCAAUACAAUGAACUUCACCGGGACUGGCAGGGAUUUAGUGGUCGGUUCUUUCCAAAGAGCCGACCUCUUUGACAUCAACUCUGGCUUCACUCCAAAAGCCACCGUCCAAGUACCGAAGAAUGUCACGGCCGUCGGGUUCGAGAAAAAUGGACGAUGGAUGUACACCGGAGGAGAGGAAGGAACUUGUCGGCUUUGGGAAAUGAGAAGUGGCAGAAUGAUUGUAGUCUGUGCUCUUUCUCUGAAAACACAUGUUCUGAGCAUGGCUGUGAACACCAACCAAACGGAACUCUUCGUCUCUACCGCAUGCGGACGGUCUUCAUCUGGGACAUCCGCAUGA